ACAGGGAACUCAGCAGAGCAGCAGACACUCAACAGUCUUUUUGGACCUUACAACAGAGAUCGGAGUGGGGCAUGCGACUCUCCUGGACCUCUGAACCCACAAAGCCUGAAGAUCCCAGAAGCCUUGGAGGAUGGCAAGUCUGGAGCAUCCUGGGAGCCCUGGUUGGACAGGACCCAUAAACCAAAGCACACCAAGGACCAGGCAAGAAGCAUUGCCCUCAGGCCCAGACCUCCCAUGUCCAGGAGCAGAACACUUAGAAACCCUGGACAGCCCCAGCUCCAACUCCAGCAUGACCACGAGGGAGCUACAGGAACACUGGCAGAAGGAGAAGAGCCGCUGGCGACAUGUCAAACUGCUCUUUGAGAUUGCCUCAGCCCGCAUUGAGGAGAGGAGAGUCUCCAAGUUUGUGAUGUAUCAGGUCGUGGUCAUCCAGACUGGGAGCUUUGACAGCGACAAGGCGGUGGUGGAACGGCGCUACUCGGACUUCGAAAGGCUGCAGAAGGCCCUCCUGAAGCGCUUCGGGCCGGAGCUGGAGGACGUGGCCUUCCCGCGGAAACGCCUCACAGGGAACCUGUCCGACUUCGCGUCCUUGCAGAGCAGGCUGGAUGACAGCCAGCUCCGGAGACCCACGCACAGGGGCUUCACCCUGAAGGAGCUCACGGUGCGAGAGUAUCUGUCCUGAGCCGUCCUGGCAGGUUCCCUGGCAAACAGGCUGGACAGAGACCUGAGUCACCAUCGCUGGGUGGCGGGCUGCUUGGGGCCAUCGCGGGUGGGUUUUGCUCAGCAGCUUUGGACAAGCCCCUCUGCGAAGGAGAGGGGCUCCUGCGACCCCCUAGAAGAGCCAUCUUGUGCCCCUUGGGUGUAAGGUUCUCUGAACCCUGAACCCACAAGCUUAGCUGUCAAAACUUUGCAGGUACUAUGGACCUUGGCAUCUCGGAAUAGGGAUUCUUUGCCUACCACAAAGAAGGAGUUCAAGGCCAGCCUGGACAAUGUAGUGAGACUGUCUCAAAAUAAAGAGCUCUGAGAAUGUAGCUCAAUGGCAGAAUGCUUGCCAAGCAUAUGAGACGCCUUUGAUUCAAUCUCUAAUACUAAAAUAAAAAAAAGUGCCUGUUUUUGUAAGCAGUCAGGGGAGAAAUUUGCAGGCUCAUCAUGCACAAAUGUGCAAUGCACUUCCUCAAAGCUGCCCUCUCCCGCUGAUCUCCCCAUUGCUCCUAUUUCCUCAGCAUCAGUUGCGGUAGUUUCCACCCAUUAGCCCAGAGUCCUAGCUCCCUCCAUUAGUGUCACCCACUCAGUGCUCAAGGGAAACCUGUCCUCCAGCCUACCCCAGGGUGGCAACUGUAUGAUUCUUUGAAGGGCAAAAAGAUGUUGUGGACUUAGGUGUGGUAGUUCAAGUAGGGAGGCUGAGGCAGGAGAAUCACAAGUUUAAGACCAAUCUAGGCUAAAAAGAAAAGUGAGUCUCAAAAAAAGAGACUCAAAAAAGAGACUCAAAAAAAGA